AUGGCUAAUCAAAAUCAAAAGAAGCCACAGGAGGAUUACUCCCUUAAAGAAACAACCCCAAACAUAGCUGCCGGAAGAGUCAUGAGUGGAGACAGGCUUCCCACUGCCUUUGACCUCGUAGAGCAAAUGCACUUUCUCUUUGUGAGAGUGGUUAAAGCUAGAAACUUGCUAAGUGCCACUAAAUCUAACACUUCCAAUCCCAAUGUUGAAGUGAAGCUUGGAGGUUUCAUAGGAACAACUCGAAUUUUUCAAAAAACUUCAAAUCCAGAAUGGAACCAAGUCUUUGCUUUUGCAAAAGAUCGGAUUCAGGAACCAGUUCUAGAAAUUAUGGUGAAUGAUAAAGUAAAUGGUACCAAUGAAACUCUGGGUCGAGUUUUAUUCAGUGUAUCUGAUAUUCCUAUGAGAGUUCCACCAGAUAGUCCAUUAGCCCCUCAGUGGUAUAGACUUGAAGAUAAAAAAGGGGUUAAGCUUAAAGAAGAAUUAAUGCUAUCUGUUUGGAUGGGAACUCAAGCAGAUGAAGCUUUUCCCGAUGCUUAUCACUCAGAUGUAGCAACAUCCACUAUCUGUGAUAAUAUUGCUUAUACUCGAUCAAAAGUGUACAUUUCUCCUCGGCUAUGGUAUUUAAGAGUGAAUGUGAUUCAAGCUCAGGAUUUGCUAGUAACCAAAAAGAGUGAUAACUCAGAAAUCUUCAUUCAAGCUAUUCUUGGGAAUCUUGCUCUCAGAAGCCGUCCCUUGAAGAUUAGUCCUAACCCCGUUUGGAAUGAGGAUCUAAUGUUUGUUGCAGUAGAACCUUUUGAUGAGUCUUUGGUUCUGAGCCUAGAGCAGGGGAAUUCGAGCUCUUGCAAGCAUGAAAAAAUGGGAAUUUGCGCGGUUCCAUUGAAGAAUGUAGAGCAAAGAAUAGAUGCCGCACCAGCUUCUAGCAAAUGGUACAACCUUGAACAGCCCAAGAAGGUUCACGAGGGAUGUGAGAAAACUAAUAAGGUCAAUGAAUGUCAACAAGAACAAAAAGAGCAAGUUAAGUUUUCAACUAAGCUUAACAUGAGGAUCUCCUUGGAUGGUGGGUACCAUGUUCUUGAUGAGGCCACACAAUAUAGUAGUGAUCUCAGGCCAGCAUCUAAGAAACUGAGCAAACCAGGAAUUGGAGUUUUAGAAUUGGGCAUUCUAAAUGCUAUUGGGCUAUCACCAAUAAAAAAGGACAACAAAACUGAUGCUUAUUGUGUUGCGAAGUAUGGGCCCAAAUGGGUUAGAACAAGAACUAUAGUUGAUAGUCUCUCUCCCAAGUGGAAUGAGCAAUAUACUUGGGAAGUUUUUGAUCCUUGCACAGUCAUAACAAUAGCAGUAUUUGACAAUGGCCAUCUGCGAACAGAAAAGAAUGGGGAAGCACCAGUGGAUAAGAAAAUUGGAAAGGUGAGAAUUAGACUCUCAACACUUGAGACAGAUAGAGUGUACACCCACUUUUACCCACUCAUAAACUUGCAGCCUCAAGGAGCCAUAAAAAUGGGAGAAAUUCAGUUGGCUGUGAGAUUCUCUUGCCCAUCUUUACUUAAUGUUCUGCAAACCUAUACACAACCUCUGCUUCCAAAAAUGCAUUACGUCAACCCAUUAUCAGUAUUUCAGCUUGACAGUUUAAGAAACCAAGCUGCUGUUAUUACCUCAUUGAGACUAAGCAGAGCUGAACCACCUUUGAAGAGAGAGGUUGUGGAAUACAUGCUUGAUGUGAGAGCAAACUUUUGGAGUAUGAGAAAAGGAAGAGCUCAAAUUCAGAGAAUAUUUAGCCUUCUGAGUGGUAUAGUUUAUGUCUGCAAACAAUUACAUGAGAUUCGUACCUGGAAAAGCUCAGUGAAGACAAUCACUGCUUACUUCAUCUUCCUUUUAGUCAUCUUCAUCCCAGGAACAAUCCUUCCCCUGAUGUUUUCCUUGCUUGUCGGAAUAGGAAUCUGGCGAUAUCCAAAACGGCCGAGACUUCCGACCCAUAUGGAUAUUAAGCUGUCUCAUGCUGACACAGCGACGGCUGAAGAACUAGAAGAAGAGUUUGAUCCAUUGCCAUCGAAAUUCAGCGGUGAACACCUGAGAAACAGGUAUGAUCGGCUGAGAGGGAUUGCUGGGAGGUUGCUUGCUGUGAUGGGUGAUUUGGCGACUCAGGGAGAGAGGAUUCAAUCACUGUUGAGUUGGAGAGACCCGAGAGCGACAGCUCUGUUUAUGAUUUUCUGUUUGUCUGGUGGGAUUCUGUGUUGGUUCUUUACUUUUAAGGUUAUCUUCUUUGUUCAGGUGACUUACUUGUUGAGACCUCCGAGGUUUCGGUUUGACAUACCAGCUGUGCCACAGAAUUUCCUAAGGAGGAUGCCUGCAAAAUCUGAUGGCUUGCUUUGA